AUGGCUAAUGGUCCAUCUUCUAGCAUUAAACAGAAAAGGAGAGGAGAGGAGAGGGGGGCAAAAGGGCAUGAAACGGUUGACCCUAAUUCUAGCUCCCCCCCUCCCUUCCCGUCCCCCACGCCAUCUCUUCCUCCCUUUCCUGCGUCCUCCUAUGCAUUGAGACGAGAGAGCGUGAACAGCAGCAAUGGAGAGGAACAGGGUGUGCAAGAUCUGCAACAGGCGCUUCUCCAAUGGAAAAGCCAUGGGCGGCCACAUGAGAUCUCACUUCGCCAAGCUCCCGCCCCGCCUCCCUCUCCCCAGCCCACUCCCACUCCCACUCCGUCCUCUUCCCUCUCCCUGUCUCCGCAACGACUGCAUCAAGGGAAGCCUCAGACUCCGGCGGCCGUCCACGACAGAGGGAGCGACACCGAGUCAUCGCGGCGCAGAAAGCGGAACCGAUCCAAACGGUGGCGCCGCGCGGUGGGAGCCGAUGCUCUCUUGAAUGCCGACGUCGAGCAGGCGAUCAGCUCGGUCUCGGAGACCGAGACGCUGUCCGAGGCGGAUGGCGCCCUGUGCCUGAUGAUGCUCUCCAGGGGCAAAUGGCCGAAGCGAUCGAGCGCGGAAACCGAUGGGCAUGAGGAGGACGAUGGCGACGACUCGGUCUCCGUGACCCAGAUGAACGGUCGGGCUGGGUCGAGCCGGCCCAAGUACCGGUGCGAGACAUGCAACAAAGGGUUCGGAUCGUAUCAAGCGCUUGGCGGGCACAGGGCGAGCCACAAGAAGACGAGCGAGGAAAACUUGAUCGGCCAUAAUCACAAGAGACUCGCUUUUGAGUGUCCUUACUGUCACAAGGUGUUCGAUUCCGGCCAAGCUUUGGGCGGGCACAAGAAAGUUCACAAUGAAGCGAUCACCGUCACUGCCAAGAGCAAGAACUGCGACGCCGGCGAGAGCUUAAUAGAUCUCAACCUACCAGCACCCGAAGAGAACGGUGAAGAAACGACGGCGAGUCUGGUCGAGAUCUCUUCAGUCUCCAACGAAGAAACAUUCUAUCCGAUUAAGAAGACCCUUUUCCAGGUCUAAGACUAGGGCGACAGCGAAUCAAACUAUGAAUUCCAAGUAUCGGAUGCAACAGGCUGUAUAGAGGUAAUUAAUACGGCAUUUUGUUUGUACAUAAUUUUCCCGAACGCCGUAGCUUGUCUGAGCAUCGAGAUAAAGCUAAACACAUGAAG